UUCUUAGUAAUCGCCCCGUUAGCCGCUGAAACACGACGAGAAGAGUAGGGUUGCGCCGCCGCCGCCGCCGCCGCCCGCCGGAAGAAGAGACCACACGCUCCCAAUCGCCGCAAGCGGGAGAUGAAGAGCUUUCCGGUGGCCGGAGGCCGCAGCGUCUCCCUCGCCCUCUACUCCGACGUCUCCAACAGCCGGGAGCUCCUCGACUUGAUGCAGUCAGGGAAGCUGGAGCCGGAGGUCGCGUUCCUCAACGCAUCACUGGUGCCGGAUGUGUUCCCUGUUCUUGCAGCGGCGCACAAGGCGCUGCUGUCAAAGGCGAGGGAGUCUCUGACCACAAGGACUCUGCACUCUGAGCUCGUCUACAACUACUCCGGGUCGAAGCAUAUUACGGAAUCCCUGAAACGAUGUGGGAUCUCUGAUGACACGAUGUACAUCCUUGCAGCUCGUUUUGAUGCUUCAGAUGAGGAGAUGAAAGCAGUGGGGAAACUCAUCAGCGGUGCAGAAAUCGAUUUAGGAGAACUGGAAAGUAGAGCGAACCAGCCACAGAUCCUGAAGCAUUACAAGAUACCUGCCCAAGAACUGUUGAUAUCUACACUGCCCGACGCCAUUGUAUGCAGGAUUGCUGCUCGAGAUGCUCUCUGAAGCCUCAACAAUCAUCAUAAUCACUGAAGAUUAAGCUCAAUCUCCUCCUUGGGGGUUCAUAAGCUAUGUAGUUUGGAGAUGUAGCUCACAACCAUAUGUAUGACAGCACGGUUAAAGUUUGUUACCUGCAAUGCCAUGUUAUUCACAUUCCUGAAAGCAACCUGGAAGCAAGUCGUGCUGUUGAUUUCUC